GACUCACCUCCUCCUCAGCCUCUGUCAUCCACUUUCAUCAGAUACAGCAGGACAGAGCAGGUGAAUCUGGUGGUAUACUAUAUACUUUGACUUCAGUUUAAUUUGUACUGAACAGGAAAACCAAGGUGAUCAGCAGCAAACAUGUCUCUGGCUAAAGAUUUGAUGCAUCCCAGCCCAUCAGAGGAAAGAAGAAGACACAAGAAGAAGAGGCUGGUGCAGAGCCCUAACUCCUACUUCAUGGAUGUCAAAUGCAUAGGAUGCUACAGGAUCACCACCAUCUUCAGCCAUGCACACACAGUGGUGGCUUGUCCAGGUUGCACCACUAUCCUCUGCAGGCCAGGAGGUGGCAAAUGCAAACUAACCGCAGGUUGUGCUUUCAGAAAGAAAUAUUCAUGAGCAAUCCACCGAAUUGCCAACAGGUGGUAGAAUGGACCACAAAUGGAAGAAUCUGAUGCAUUCUCUAUGUUGCAACUCUGGAGGAAAAAUAACCACUGGCAUUUUAAUCUGCUAAUGGGUUUUCAAAUCAAAUAUAAGAGGACCAGUGUAAGAAAAGAUUACUGAUGCUGUCCAUGAAUACAACCAGAAUGAAGGGACGUACGUAGCAGUGUAAAAUGCUUCUGUGAAAUGUGUAGAAAUGCAGAAAAAGAAGCCAAAUGAAACAGAACUUCUGUAAAACAUUUAUUUAUUGUGUUGGGGGGGGGGGCUUAACAUACAGUCUCAAUCAAAUGUGAGGCAAGACAUGAGCAGAAACCUUAAACAUCACAAACAAUAAUAAAACAUUCGACGAUUCAU